ACGUCGCCUGCCUCGCGGUCCGCGCUCGGCCCCGGCCCCACCCGCCUCCCGCGCCAACGCUUUUCGUGCGGCCGCCGGCCAGGAUGCGGGGCAGCCCGGCGCCCAGCUCGGCCUCAUCGUCGGCGUCCGACCUGAGCCGCAGCCCCGCGCACAGCAGGUCGGACCUGCGGCCCGGCACAGCCGGCGACUACAGCCUGAGCGCCAGCCUGUCGGCCUGCAUGCUGCUCUCCGAGGGGGCUGUGGAGCCCAUGCAGAUCGACGUGGAUCCCCAGGAAGAUCCCCAGAACGCACCUGACAUCAACUACGUGGUGGAGAACCCCACCCUGGAUCUGGAGCAGUAUGCAGCCAGCUACAGUGGCCUGAUGCGCAUCGAGCGGCUGCAGUUCAUCGCUGAUCGUUGUCCUCCUCUGAGGGUGGAGGCCCUGAAAAUGGCUCUCUCCUUCGUGCAGAGGACCUUCAAUGUAGACAUGUAUGAAGAGAUCCACCGGAAACUCUCUGAGGCCACCAGGGAGCUGCAGAACGCACCUGAUGCCAUUCCUGAGAGUGGAGUGGAGCCCCCACCCCUGGACACAGCCUGGGUGGAGGCCACUCGGAAGAAGGCCCUGUUGAAGCUAGAGAAGCUGGACACGGACCUGAAGAACUAUAAGGGCAACUCCAUCAAGGAGAGCAUCAGGCGCGGCCAUGAUGACCUGGGUGACCACUACCUGGACUGUGGGGACCUUAGCAAUGCCCUCAAAUGUUACUCUCGGGCCCGAGACUACUGCACCAGUGCUAAGCAUGUCAUCAACAUGUGCCUCAAUGUCAUCAAGGUCAGUGUCUAUUUGCAAAAUUGGUCUCAUGUACUAAGCUAUGUCAGCAAGGCUGAGUCUACUCCAGAGAUUGCUGAG